AUGAAUCAGCAGCAUAGCAAAAAUGCCGAAGUUCAUGGGUCGAGGUUUCGGCCUUCGAAUCCGAAUCUACCAAAGAUCGACAAACUGAGACAAGUACAAUUCAACGAGAUGCAAGACAAGAAGAGGUUGUCGAUGAGGUUCUCCGCUUUGCUGAAUUCGGCAAGUCGCGUGUUCUAUCAUAAACGUGGAGAUCGAUUGAAGGUUCCCAGGUAUCAAAACACUUAUCGGCUCAGCUCAUUUAACCCUUUCGAUGUCGAAGUGGUCGAUAAACUGGUGAUGGAGACGAUGGAGAGUAAAUUAUCGCCGGUGACGGCAUAUCAUCCAAAUCACAUGGCGAAAUUGUGCUUGGAGAUUGGAUCGGAUUUGCAAAACGCACUCUGCAAAAAGGAUUACGAUAGGUAUAAAUUAGUGACGCAGGUGACUAUAGUCCAACGUCUCGAUCAAAGCGUACACACGGCGUUCCAGAGCCUCUGGGACGUGGAGCGAGACAAUUACUCCUAUUAUGUUUUCGAAAACAACCACAUUUACGCAUGGUGUUGCGUGUUCGGCCUAUAUUACGAGUGA